UCGCAUGAAGCACUGCCAGUUGUCUGUAGUCUUUCGACUGCUGUUUGCGACGGUGUUGCCACAACGUAGAGGCGAAAAAAUUUAAUAAAUUUAUGUUAUUUAAAUAAGUGCUUUUUUUGUGCUGGCAGAUGAACAAUGACUGAUGCCAUGGAGCGUCGUCCCAAUCUACUUUUCCCCUUUCUUCAUUUUCUUGUAUGUUUUCUUACCGAAGUGAUGAACUCGAUCGGAGAAAGCGCAGACGUGGCUACUAGAGUAAUGGGUAUAGCUGGUGGAAAAAGUAUGUUACCGUGCAACAUCACCCCUCCGACUCAAGAUGAUAGUGUAUCUUUGGUGUUAUGGUAUAAAGACGAUUCUAUCACGCCAAUUUAUAGUCUAGAUGCUAGAAGAGGAAAUCUCGGUCAAGCUAGACACGCAGCUACUGACAGUUUAUCCCGGAGGACUUAUCUCAUCACUACAAAUGUCCCUGCCACGCUCGAAAUGCACCAACUCAGUUUAGAAGAUGAAGGUGCUUACAGAUGCAGAGUCGACUUUAAUAAAGCUCGAUCUCGUAACUCAAUUAUUUAUUUAAAAAUUAUAGUUCCUCCAAGGACAGUGCAUAUCAAAAACAAGAAUGGUGAAGUCUUGGAUGGGGUGAUAGGACCUUAUAAUGAAGGUGAUAGAAUCUAUCUUCUAUGUGAAGCUGAAGGAGGAAGACCACUCCCUUCUUUGACAUGGUGGAAAAAUAAAUAUCCGUUAGACGAUACGUACGACGUAACUCCAAAUGGUGUAGUACGUAACGAGAUGAUAACAUCGAUGCUGGAACGUGAAGAUCUAAUGGCAACUUACACGUGCCAAGCUUCAAAUCACAAUUUUUCUGCACCAGUCAAAGCUUCAGUCAUCGUAGAUGUUCAUUAUCCACCAUUAGAUGUUAAGAUUGAAGAACGAGGUCAAUCUCUUUCUGCCCAACGUCAAGCAGAGUUCCAUUGCAAGUCAACAGGCUCUCGACCGCCAGCUGUAAUCAGUUGGUACAAAGGAACCACGGAAAUGACAGAAACAAAAAGCAGUGUCAUGCCAGAAUUGAAUACAACAGUGAGUAUGAUGUCAUUUGUACCCACCAUAGCUGACACGGGCAAAAAAUUAGUGUGCAAAGCGGACAAUCCAUUGAUAGAACACAGCAGUAUAGAGGAUACAAUCAAACUCGACGUUCAAUAUUUGCCACAAUUGAGAUUGCACUUGGGCAGUAACCUAAGGCAUUCAAACAUCCAAGAAGGUAAUGAUGUUUAUUUCGAAUGUAAUAUAAGAGCUAAUCCCUGGGUAACAGAAACUGGUUGGAAGUUUGAAGACAAAGAACUUCACACUAACACAUCUUCGGGCGUUAUCGUCAGUAAUCAGUCUUUAGUGCUUCAGAGGGUCAAUAGGUGGAAUCGAGGUAAAUACACCUGCACGGCCACCAAUACUGAAGGUCAGGGAGAAAGCAAUAGUGUUUAUCUCAGGGUGCAACAUACACCCGUGUGCACAUCCGGACAGAAAAUGCUGUACGGUGCAGCUCGACACGAAAUGGUACAAGUAGAAUGCGAAGUUGAAGCAGAUCCUCAAGAGGUGACGUUCAGUUGGAGGCAUAGCAAUUCGGGGGAUGCUCUAAAGAUGAUAAACUUCUCCAACCACGGGACCAAAAGUAUAGCAACGUACAUACCGAGAACAGAAAGAGACUACGGGACCCUCUUCUGCUGGGGAAGAAACAGUGUCGGGACACAGAAAGAACCAUGCGUCUACACCGUCAUCCCAGCAGGUCCACCUGCCAUAUUGAAAAACUGUACCGUCACAAACCAGACCGAAGAUUCUAUAGACGUGGAAUGCGUAGAGGGUUAUGACGGUGGACUAGUACAGCACUUUAUUAUGGAAGUGUACGACAUGGCACACAAUAAACUUCGCUCGAAUGUGACAUCGGAUAACCCCCUUCUAUUCGCAAGAGGUUUGACUGCAGGUACAAAAUAUACCGUUGUCAUUUAUUCGGCUAAUGUCAAAGGUAGAAGUCCAUCAGUUGUGCUGACGACCACUACCCUGUCAGCUCCAACUAGUCUGACACAAAGAGAUUACGAAUGGGAAGUGGAUUUAAGACCGAUAGUCGCAGGCAUUAUCACAGUCAUGAUCAUGCUCAUCUUGGGUGCAUUCAUUGCACUUUUAGUUGUGAGAGCCAGAAAUGGAAGACACGAUCACAAAAGUAAGUUGAAUUAUCCACCAUUAGAUGUUAAGAUUGAAGAACGAGGUCAAUCUCUUUCUGCCCAACGUCAAGCAGAGUUCCAUUGCAAGUCAACAGGCUCUCGACCGCCAGCUGUAAUCAGUUGGUACAAAGGAACCACGGAAAUGACAGAAACAAAAAGCAGUGUCAUGCCAGAAUUGAAUACAACAGUGAGUGUGAUGUCAUUUGUACCCACCAUAGCUGACACGGGCAAAAAAUUAGUGUGCAAAGCGGACAAUCCAUUGAUAGAACACAGCAGUAUAGAGGAUACAAUCAAACUCGACGUUCAAUAUUUGCCACAAUUGAGAUUGCACUUGGGCAGUAACCUAAGGCAUUCAAACAUCCAAGAAGGUAAUGAUGUUUAUUUCGAAUGUAAUAUAAGAGCUAAUCCCUGGGUAACAGAAACUGGUUGGAAGUUUGAAGACAAAGAACUUCACACUAACACAUCUUCGGGCGUUAUCGUCAGUAAUCAGUCUUUAGUGCUUCAGAGGGUCAAUAGGUGGAAUCGAGGUAAAUACACCUGCACGGCCACCAAUACUGAAGGUCAGGGAGAAAGCAAUAGUGUUUAUCUCAGGGUGCAACAUACACCCGUGUGCACAUCCGGACAGAAAAUGCUGUACGGUGCAGCUCGACACGAAAUGGUACAAGUAGAAUGCGAAGUUGAAGCAGAUCCUCAAGAGGUGACGUUCAGUUGGAGGCAUAGCAAUUCGGGGGAUGCUCUAAAGAUGAUAAACUUCUCCAACCACGGGACCAAAAGUAUAGCAACGUACAUACCGAGAACAGAAAGAGACUACGGGACCCUCUUCUGCUGGGGAAGAAACAGUGUCGGGACACAGAAAGAACCAUGCGUCUACACCGUCAUCCCAGCAGGUCCACCUGCCAUAUUGAAAAACUGUACCGUCACAAACCAGACCGAAGAUUCUAUAGACGUGGAAUGCGUAGAGGGUUAUGACGGUGGACUAGUACAGCACUUUAUUAUGGAAGUGUACGACAUGGCACACAAUAAACUUCGCUCGAAUGUGACAUCGGAUAACCCCCUUCUAUUCGCAAGAGGUUUGACUGCAGGUACAAAAUAUACCGUUGUCAUUUAUUCGGCUAAUGUCAAAGGUAGAAGUCCAUCAGUUGUGCUGACGACCACUACCCUGUCAGCUCCAACUAGUCUGACACAAAGAGAUUACGAAUGGGAAGUGGAUUUAAGACCGAUAGUCGCAGGCAUUAUCACAGUCAUGAUCAUGCUCAUCUUGGGUGCAUUCAUUGCACUUUUAGUUGUGAGAGCCAGAAAUGGAAGACACGAUCACAAAAAACAACAGUGCGAUAGAAGCCGGUUAUCCGAAACAGGUGCUCAAGACAGUUACGACAACUGUGCCCCAUCAAAUGAUGUCACCAACUCUUGCCCUUAUGAACUACUUAGUAAAUCAGAUGGAGUAUUACGUGAGAAAGAAGAUCCAAUAAAUCCGAAUCCGGAUGCUGUUGCUGCAAACCAUGUGAUCACGAAAGAGAAUCACAUCACAAGAAAUGAUGUUGAAGAAACAUUGGAAAAAUCAUUUCACUCGUCAACGCUUAAACGACCAGCUUUGACCACUUUGUCAACGUUUGAUGAUAUGGUCUCUAAAACUGGUAUAGUCGACAACAGACAAUUACAGGAUCUCAGAAGUCCACCGGCUCUUCCUAGUGGAAUGACACACGAAAUAACGGUUUUUAAAGAUGGUUCUCCUGUGACGAAAAUGCAAACUGCCGUGUGAAAUAGAUAAGCAUCUCCUUCCGUUUCCACUCCGCGAUACUCGUCGAGCAUCCUGUCCACUAUGCAACACCCGGAUCGGCAUAAUGUGCCAAGAAUGCAUUAAAAAAAACAAGAAAGUCAUCAGCUGGACCACCAAAACACAUCAGAAGGAAUAGUAUAGCAAUUCAAGUACACGUCAAAGAGAUAGAGGAUGGAUUCAUGAAGCGAACUAAUCUAUAAACAUUCAGACAAAAAGAAAAAAAACAAGAAUAUUUAUAAAAGAUCGGUGAAUUCUGUGAUACUACACGUCCUAGAUACACCAUCAAUUGAAGAAAGAGACUUACAACGUUACUAAUCAUCUUUAAAACCAGCAAAAAUACCCUUUAACUCAACGUGAAAAUGAAGAUGCAAGGUGUUAGAUCUUAACAUAUUCAUCCCAUUUCAUACAAAUAUCUUCCGCUUUACACUUGCUUCCAAGAUUCCUAAUUAUUUCCGGACCAUUAGUUAACCAAUAGACUAAAAACUUUACUGAAUCAUCGUGUUUUUUGUAUUAAGUUCUUCUUCUUCAGGCCAUGUGACCGUCCCGUAAUGCAAUAUAUCAGAUUUCAUGUUUUCAUUUUUUUGUUCAUCAAAUCCUGAUAUUAAUUAUUGGAUGUAAGAAAUCAAUUUUCUUUAUCAAAUAUA